CCAUUUCGAGCAGAACAGAGUCGAGCAAGAUUUGCUGCAUGGGCAAGCAGCAGGUGCGGCUGACAGUUCGGGUGCAGCAGAAACGUCAAACCGCUGCUGCACGGCGUUUGGCGCACUGUAAACAAAACAACGGACCGGCUUUUCCCGUGAGCACAGCGAUGGAAUGGUAAACUUUCACGAAAUUCUCAAAACCUUUUACACACUAGGGUGUGAAGAUGAUGCGCUCUGUUACGGUGCUUGCCGUGUAUACAUUCAUCUGCAAGAAGAAAAGCACAUGCACGAUGUGCAGUACACGUACGAGAAGCGGCUGCAACUGUUCUACCUAACAGCGAGGAAGGAACCGGAUGGCCCCAGCGACCUGUUUAUUCCUUCGUUGACGACAAAUGCAUUGAAUUUGGUGCAGCUGAAGCAGUGCAGAGAGACGAUCACACUGCCCGAUGGUCAAAAGCCGGCGAGUAUCGUGUUGGCGAUCUGUGAUGGUAGUUCAACGGUACUUCUUUACCGGAUGACGCCAGGAUUGAAAGAAAUCGCUCAAAAGUUGCCAUCGAAGGGUAAACUGCUACGAAUGAGGACGGGGACGGGCUGUGAGCAGACACCAAAAUGAAAUAGAACGGUCUUCGUUUUGAAUGCACGACACAGCGGUUUGCAAGCAAAACAGCUGAUUGUAUAGCAGGGCUGUCAAACCUAGGUUUGAAUGUGUUAUACGUUUUCAUGACAAAGAUAAAAUAAAAAAUACCUCAUCUCACAAAAACAA